CAGCCUUCGUACCAGCUGAGUUUCAAGAAUAGGCUUUUGGGUGCUCUGAACUUUCCUCUGAGCGCCCCUGUCUCUCAGCCCAUCUAAGAGAAGAGGGGUUGAAAGGGACAGAAGGAUAAAGCCUCAGGAGGUGCUGGCCAGGGAGCCCGGAGACAUGGAGGAGGAGAGGGAGGGGGAGGGAAAGAGAAAAGGAGGGAAGGAAGGCAAGCUGUUCUCCUGAAACAACCUGGGAUUCCAAGAGGGAAAUCCUUGUCUGCCUCCACACUGAUCGCAGCGUUCCUGGGCCAGAAUGAUGCAGUGGGGACUUCUAACCACUCCCUGCUGAAUACAGGAAAAGAACACGGGACUAGGAGCAAGUUCACCAUUAAGCACAGAAUUGACUUAGAGGGAAAGCUUUGGAUUCUCCCUUUGGUGACUUCACCUGUGGUCUUGGAUCUUCGGGACUCGUGGUCUAUCCCAACCUUCCCAAUAACACACAGAAGCCAUCUUCUCAGGCGAGUGUUUUUCUGGUCCUGUUCUCCUUAGCACAGGAAACGUUUCCCUUGCAAAGGACCUGCCACCUUCUGGUGGGACCCAUGGAGACCCACUUCAACCUGGGCAUCCUUCCCAGGAGGCUAAUCCCUUGUCUCUCUUUGAUUAUUAAAUAUCUCCACAAGAUGGGUUCUGCAGCCCUGAGUGCUAGGAUUCAAAGGACUGGGUUUGCCCCCUAAGAGAUUUCAGGGGCUUGGAGUGAGUGCUGGGACUCACUAGGGGUGGGGAAGGUGCCAAAUUGAACCUUCAGCCCUCCUCCUGUUUCUCCAGUCGGACGUUUAACCAAGAAUAUCUUUUGAUCUUUGAGAAUUUUCAAUGGCCCAGAGUAUCCCGGGGCAUAGGUUCAAGGACUGCUGCCAGCUGGUCCCACUGGAUGUCUCCCUUGGUUUCCACAGUCUUGACCAUCUUCCCCAAACCCCCGGAGCCUUGGCGGAGCCUCCCUGUAUUCCCACCAGGUGCCACCAAAGGAACCCUGCCGGUGCUUCUCACCUGGGGAGCCCUUUCAUGCUUCCCAUGCUCCCAGGCUGGCCAGAGCCAAUGACAGUCCAUGGACAGAAGCCCCACCUCCCCCAGCCCCUGGCCACAAUGUAGCUGCCUUUUUGCCCCAGUGACUAUUCUCUGAGACAGGGUGAUGGGCUCCUCUUGGUCAUGCUGCUGCUGGCAGAGGACUGAAAUGGGCCCCGUUUGGUCCCAGCUGGUCCGACCCUGCUCUCUGAAGCCAGCCCUGCUGCUGGCCUCCCUCCUUUUUACGGCAGGGCUGGCCCUGGCCGACGCUGUGGCCAGCUGCCCGGUCCUGUGUACCUGCCGCAGCCAAGUGGUCGACUGCAGCAGCCAGCGCCUUUUCUCUGUGCCUCCUGACCUCCCACUGGACACUCGAAACCUCAGCCUAGCCCACAAUCGCAUCGCCACUGUUCCACCGGGCUAUCUCACCUGCUAUGGGGAGCUCCGGGUGCUGGACCUGCGGAACAACUCCCUGGUAGAGCUGCCCCCUGGGCUCUUCCUCCACGCCAAGAGACUGGCCCACUUGGACCUGAGUUACAACAACCUCAGCCACAUCCCUGCUGACAUGUUCCUCGAGGCUCAAGGGUUGGUCCGAAUCGACCUGAGCCAUAAUCCCUGGCUGAGAAAAGUCCACCCGCAGGCCUUCCAGGGUCUCUCCCAGCUCCGAGAACUUGACCUCAGCUAUGGGGGACUGGCUUUCCUCAGCCUCGAGGCCCUCGAGGGUCUGCCUGGACUAGUGACCCUCCAGAUUGGCGGGAACCCCUGGGUAUGUGGCUGUACCAUGGAGCCCCUCCUGAAGUGGCUGAGAAAUAAGAUUCAGCGCUGUACAGCAGAUUCCCAGCUGGCCGAGUGCCGCGGCCCCCCAGAAGUGGAGGGUGCCCCACUGUUCUCCCUCACAGAGGAAAGCUUCAAAGCUUGUCACCUGACCUUGACACUCGAUGACUACCUAUUCAUUGCCUUUGUGGGUUUCGUGGUCUCCAUCGCUUCUGUGGCCACCAAUUUUCUCCUGGGGAUCACCGCUAACUGCUGCCAUCGUUGGAACAAGGCAAGCGAAGAGGAAGAGAUCUGACUCUGUUUCUCUGGUUUCCCUCCAUGUUGCUAAGUGCUGCUGCCCCCAACAGCUAGGCCGGCAAGGAGGAGAUCACGGGCCCCAUUCCAUGCCAGCUCCAUGGCUUCCCUCCCUCCAACCACCGUCACUGUUAAAAUGAGAUUAGUCAUCAGGGGCUGAUGCCAAUUGUCUACCAACCCUGAUGCCAAUCUGCCAGCUAUUGGCUCUGCUGACUCCUGAUAGCUGAAAGCUCAGAAACCUUCGAUGCUAACCCUUUCCCAUGCCAUGGGCUCCUUCAAGCCCAUUAGGCUGCCUCCUACUUGGCUACUGCCACCAAGAAAGAAAACACUUUCCUGGCUUUUGCCAGUCUAUUUCUCCAUCCAUUGAAAGAUUAAAGUAAUCGCCCAGAAUAAUGGCUAUUCUCAAAGCCCCAUUUCCCGUCCUCCUCACUUCAGGGUAAGGAGCUCUAACCCCUAGAAGAAUGCCAUCCUGGGACUCUUGCCCAUGUAAACUACACAGGGCAAAGAACUCUGUCAGUGAAGGACAGAAUUAUAACUAAGAUGGGGCCAUCAGAGUGUGUCCCCAGUGUACCAAAUGUAAAAGGUACAGCCAGCAUUUAUACUUCAGCAGCAUAAAUACAACUGAACUUAGCAACUAGUUAACAGGAAUAAUCAUUUAAAAUAUACCAUUGAUAUUUCAACUUAUCCUCCCUCCCCAAAACUAAAUUGGUCUUCAAAAAUUUAACUUAAAGACAUAUUUUGUAAGCCUUACUCUAAAUUUACCCCAGGCCCCAAACUUGCUAGUUAGAUUCUGGUAAAGGUGAUAGAGGAGAUAGAUAUGGAAUGAAAAUACCCGAGUGGAGGUGGAGGUGGGGGAGGCAACAGAAAGAGGAAUCAAGUAGUCUAGGACAUCAAGUUAGCCACUUUACUUUCACUUGUUAAGUGGCACAUUUUCCUGAGAAGCCUCCCCCCAGGGUAAUACAAGUUUCUCUAAGUGGCUGAUCUAACUUUCUAUUCAUUUUGAUUAGAGAUUAACAUAAACCCCUUUUUGGAUUAACCAAGUCCAACAAACAAUUACAAAGAGCCUCCCCAGUUUAGAGGAAAGUGGUACUGAUGCAAAGAUAAGUGAAAGUCCUUCCUGCCUUCAAGGGGUUUACAUUCUAUUGGAAUGAGAACUUCUGUGAACAAUUGAGUACCCACAGGCUAAUUUGGGGAGAAGGAAAGGGAAUGCUAAUGAUUGAGGUCACCCAAAAAGGUUUGCAUGAGAAGAGUUGAGUCUUGAGGAAAACUGAAGGGUUCUUCUAAGGCCAGUAGAGAGCAAAUCUGGCAGGGUAGAGAUGGGAGAGAUGAUGUCAGUCUAAGCAAAGGCAUUGAGAUGGGAAAUAGAAUAAGGAACUGAAAAAGAACAAGUUGGUGAUUUUUGUUUGGAUAGUGGGGAGGAGGGGAGUAAGAAGGGGAAAACCUGGAAAAGGACAUUGGAGCCAGAUUUCCAAUGGCUGGAAAGCAUUAAAUGCCCAGCUGAAGAGUUAGUAUUUGAUCCUAAAGGGGAUCUUUGAGCAAAUGAGUGACAUGGGCUAAUGCAGAGUGAGUUAAAUUUAUAGAUCUAGUUUAAGGAAGGUAGGUCCAGAGGAGCAUAUCCUGGAGAGUCAUUCACCUAGUCAACAAGAUGAGUAUUUCCUAAGCACUUGGGAAAUACAGUAUCCUAGGCGUUGCAUAUUCUUAAAUGCUUGCCAUGCUGUUCUGCACACAGUAGGCUUUUGACAAAUGUUUGCUGCUCUCUUUAUUGAUUGGAGAGCUAAGUCACAGCCUUUGAGAUUAAAACAAUGGAAACAGGUGGGCAUAGAGAAUGGAGCAGGUGGCCCCAAGAAUGCUCAGGCAUGGGUACCACUAGUUCAAUGAGCCAGAGAUAAUGCUCAUCCCAACACUCCCAGGUUCUAUGCUCACCAGGACCAGUGAACAUUGUCACAUUUGUCACUUGGUGGAUUACAGGCAGAGAAGAAAUCUGUUAUAGCACAGGUAUUGAUGUAUUGAAUAUUCAUUCAUUCACUCAGUGAGCAUUUAAUCAAGACUUGCUGUGUGCCAGGCAUUGCUCCCCAUGCUGAGGAUAUAGAAACAAAUACACAAAAACCCAGUCCCUGUCAUCAAAAUGUUUUCCUUCUAUUGGAAGAAACAUCAAACAAAAGUCAUCUUCUUAACAUGCUCACAAAGUAGAUAGGAAGUCAUCUCAGGGAGAAGAAAGUAUCAAGUGAAGACAAGGGGAAAGCUGUCUGGGAGGAGAUAGGGCAUGAAUCUGUGUGCUUCAGGAAGAUCCUUUUGGCAGCUGCCUGGGUGAUGGAUUUGAAAUGGGCAAGACUUAAGACAAGAGACCCAUUAGGAAGCUAUUGCGAUUCUUUUACUGAGAGGCAAUGGAGGGCUAAGCUGAGUGGGGAAUGGGGACAGAAAAGAUGUUGCCACUAAGAUUAUAACUCCCAAUAUAACUGUGUACAAUAAUAUCCUGAUACAAUUUGGCCAACUGAGAAAGCCCCCAAUGGGCAAAAUGAAUCACUCUGCCAGCGACUAUCAGCCUUAGGAGAGAGUUCUACCCUAUAUUUUAACUGGUCCUGUUUCAUCAGUAGAGGGAACUCCCAAUGAGAAACAUCUCUCUACUGAUGCAGGAAGGGGAUGAAACAUUGCAGACUAGGGAGGGAUCAAAAUGAAGUUAAGUAUAUGGUAAGGAGUGGGAUCGCAAGGGACAUAGAGAUGGAAGAUUCUACAUCGUUGCAUCCAACCGCCUCUCCUAUCGAGAUUCAGCAACUUGGCAGAAGUGACUGGAUGGAAUCACCCCAUAAGAAGCUGUGUGUCCAGUCCCAUUUCUGUGACCUCCAGCUCCUCCAUCUUGCUGGCCUCCAAGCACUUCAAGAGAAUUUGAGGGGAAUGAGAGAGACAGCGCCAACAAGAAGCCCGUCCUCCCCAGAGAUGCUUUACCUAGAGAGCUAUCUAACCAAAAGAGGCAGCAGAGAAACUCCCAGAAGUUAGAGAAAAGAACUCAGCAGAGACAAUACUCUACUGGAAUCCCUUAAUCUCAGUUCCCGACAUCCAGAGCUGAGGAUCACUCUCUGUCUUCCUGCCAUCACUGGUGAGGCAACUCUUUUGACUGCUCGGUUCUCUUGUUAGAGCCUGUAAUAUUCUAGAUGAGAGACUCUAGUAUUAUAUGGGACGACCUUUGCAAAACAAUACUACUAAUGCAAACAGUUAAGACCUCCCCAAAUGGGGAAUAUUCCAUAGAAAUCUAUAACCAUCUUCUAGAGACCUUUGUUUGCUGAUAUAUGGCUAAUGUAUUUCAAGACAUGUAUGUUUUUGUUUGUUUGGGGGAGUUUUGUUUUAUUCUGCUGUUUUGCAUAGAACUAGGACCAAACAAGAUGCCAAGUGCCACUUGAGGUCAGAUACACUUCUCGGCCUGUAUUUUUCUGUCUCCAUCAGUGGCAAAACUAAGGGUGAACUUUUAUGAACAGGAUAGAUGCCUUUAAAGAGUAGAUACUUUUCCAGCUGUGGAAAUGUUCUGAAACAUGUGCACAUGUGCACACACACACACACACACACACACACACACGAACCAUAGUGUAGCAGGAAAGGGCAUUGGACCCAGAGCCAUGGGGAAAGCUGGGUUCUGUUCUUAGUUCUGCUGCUAAUUAGCUAUAUAAUCCAGAGUGAAUUAUUUUCCCCUCUCUGGAUCUGUUUUCCCAUCUGUAAAAUGAAUGGAGUAAAGACUAGAUUUUUGCUAAGGUCCCUUCCAGCUCUAAUAUUCUGGGAUUCCUAAGAAAAUGGUGGAACUCAGUAAGCAUGAGGCUUAUUCAUCCUCUCCAGAGCCCUUUUCCUUUCCAAUAAAUUGCCUUCCAUCACUUUGCUGGGGCUCUCCCAAAACACAAAAAUAUGUUGAAGAAAAAAAUCUCUUAAAGGCAAUGUAGCAAUCCUGGUCAUAACUGUUCCAAUUGCCCUGGUGAUAAACAUCCUUGGUGGUCUUCCCACAAGGCUUCAUUUUCAUUUUUUUUUUUUUACAGAUUGACUCAUUUAUAAUUCUGUGUAUGUACGUAUCUAUGUAA